AUAGAAAAUGCAGCAGAUUGAAUAGGUCUUACAGUAUUCACAUAAAUCCCGCAGGUUAAAACGGGGCUCUUGCGUUUUGUUUUCGUCGCCUCCAUUUUGUUCGUACUAGUUGUGUUUUCUUUUUAAAUUCUAAUUGCGAUGUGUUGAAUGCGUUACGUUUUUUUAAUCUCGUUACUGCACAGUUUAAAUGACACGUUUGUUUACUUAUGCUAUUGUUCUUCAUUAUAAAGUAAAGCCUAAAGUAUAAGUAUUCUGCGCUCUGGGUGUGUGUACGACUUCGGCAUGUGUGUAAACAAUGCAUUUUUGGUUGGGGUGGUUAGUAAUAGUAACGUUUAGACGUAGUAAUAUUGCACAAUAUAUCAUAUUAAGCAGGCAGACUCAAUUUACUUCGUAAACCGCUGUUUUUGGUUUUAAUCGGUGAUGCACUUUUGUUAACUCUAGGUAUAAGACAGCGCUGUAGACAAACGUUUUGCCUUAGCCGGAGCCAAUGGCUCACAAGGCCCCAAAAAUGUAACGCCAAAUCAAAUGCAACAUAUUUAACUGCAACAAAAAACAUAUUAUGAAACUAGACCGAUACUAAACGGUAGUUUAGUUUGUACGAGCUUAAUUAUUGGUUGCUUCAUUUUAAUUAAUGGUUAAUAUUUGUAGCUGAUGACUAUAAUGAAAACGGUGCUUUAGGUCUUUAUCAAGAACAUUGCAGUGUAUUUUUAUUAUUUCCUAACCAUUGUUUUUUCGUUAGCAGUGAAGGGCAGGGUUUCUACUGCAAUCAAGUCAGCUGCAUUCAUUUAAUUCCCCAAAUGUAUUUUUUUUCUCAGCAGUUACUUCAGUCGCACAUUGUUCUGGCUGUCGGUGUAUGAGAAGGUCUACAUCUUCCUAAUUACAGCCCAUAUGUCUAUCCUUUCCUUGCAAAAGUUGACCCAGUUUUGGUACAAAACUCCUGAUGCGUUUACUGUUUUUCGUUCGUCUUGGAUUGCUGUGGCUUCUUUUUUGGCUGAAGAGAGCAGCUCAUCUGCUUAGGGAAGUUGCUGCACAAUUAAAAAUGUCGUCAAACUCCUUACGCUCACGAGAUCCAAAAGGCGUUGCAGCAGGAUACGGACUCCUCGCUGCUGCACAGGCUUUAAAUUCCUCUGUCGGUCCUGGAAGAGCAAGCCAAAGCGGUGCCAGGAUGGAACACUUUGAUUUUGGAACCGGUUCCGGCUUAAACAUGCAAGGCUCUCGCAGUCACUACUCUCCCUCUACUGGUUCCUCCCAUGGCAUGGCUGCCUCUUUUGAUGAUCAAAGUAAAGGCCAGGAUGCUUAUGCCUCGCAGGGUCGCAGUCCCUUAGACAAAGCCAGGAGCCUUUUUGCCAGUCUUGGUCUCUCGGCUGAAGAAUUUGAAGUACUGUCAAACGUUCCUGAUGAAAAACUCAAUGUGGAGACGCUGCCUCGGCUUAUCAUGCAGCUGAAAUCGCAGAGAGCUGAAGAAAGAGGUCUCCCCAGUCGGCCUAGAGACAAUCUCUCUCCCCCACGGGAACAACCAUAUAGACCUGUCAGGGAUGACUGGGAUGAGGCUGCGUGUAGUAGGCCAGAUAGUAAAAAAGAAUCUAAUGCCGUUCCUCGUGUAUUUAACUAUAAUUACGGGCAGCAGAGAGAGGGUCCCUCUAGAAGUUACGAGAGGCUAGACUAUGAGGAGAGAAUGGGAGGCAGUGACCGGUAUCCUGAACCGUCCCGUGGUCACUAUGAGUCAGAAUAUGAUCGGAGGGGCCCCGCUCCUGUGCCUGAAAGGUCAUUUAUGGAGAGGAGGACAGGGUUCCCGUCUCUCAGCAAGAUUGAGGAUUACCAUGGAAUUCUGCCCAGUACCUUUCCACAUGUGUGCACCCUUUGCGACUUUGAUGUGCAUUCUAUCAAGCAUUGGAUUCAGCAUAAUGAUGGAGAGCGCCACACAGAGAAUCGACAGAUACUUCUGGACCUGUAUCCAGAAUGGAUCCCAAAGGUUCUGCCAAACAGAAUUAGGCAAACUCCUCUGGGGUUGGGGACUUCCAAUCCAGCAGCUGGGAUACUGGGACCAGUCCCAUUGGUUUCUCUUCCCAUUGGGCUUCCAAAGAGAGGAGUCGGCUCUACUUGGGGCAUGGGAGGAGGAAUUUCAAAGCAAGGCCAGAAAGUUGAUCCCAUGAAAGCACGGAUUACUGACAGCAAAGUGGUGGUAAUACAGUUUGCCAAAGGGAAAUGUUACCAAAAGGAUUUGGUUAAGCUGGCUGAACCUUUUGGCACUGUAAAUAACCACCUGGUAUUGCUGAAAAAGGCCUUCCUGGAAAUGCGUACUCAUGAAGAAGCAGCUGCUAUGGUGAAAUACUACCAGCGCACACAAGCUGUCAUCCGGGGCCAAGCGCUGCAGGUGUAUUUGUCUACUGCAAUUAAGACUAUUCAGAAUAAUGGACCGACACGAACCCAAACACAGACCCAGCCCCGAACACCACCACAGGCCACUGACUCUGGAUAUGCCGUGAUCUAUUUUGCUAACCUGCCUGUUGCAAAAGACUUGGAGUCAGAGUUGUUGGAAUUGGCUAAGCGCUUUGGUGCAGUGAAGAACUCUCUAGUUUUAACAAAACAGGCGUUUGUUGAAAUGGUGAACCCUGCAGAUGCAGAGAUGAUGGUGAAGUACUACACAGUAAACCAACUCAAGAUUAAGGGCUACAAAGUCAGACUUAACAUCUGCAGGAAGUACAGGAGGCUGACAAAGAACACGCCAAAGGGGAAAAAUAUCGGCAAGAAGGAGUUGGAAAAGAAAAUAACUAGUUUGAAAUCCAAGACCGUUUCAUCCAGUGUGGAAGGUGAGCCGGAGGUGGUGAAGGAGAGCAAUGCAGCAGAGGUAGAGGAAGGGGAGAGGAUGAACCUGGGGGACGAGGAAGACCCUGAAGAGCUCCACCAAUCACUCGAGGGUUUAGAGACCCCCAAAGAAGAAUGCGUGCAAAAAUCUCUGGAAAAUCCAGAAACCCAAGCGGAGGAACCAGCAGAUAAAAGCACAGUUAGCUCACAAAUUCAAGAAAAAGGACCAGAUGAUAAAUCCCUAGAAAGAGGGGACAUGGAAAAUAAAUCCCUAGAAACAGAGGACAUGGAAAAUAAACCCCUAGAAAGAGAGGAGACCAUGUGUGAGGAACCAGCAGAGCAGUCCUUGAAAAGUUCAGAGAGCCAAAAGGAUGAGCCAGUCGAGAAAUCCUUGGAUGAAUCGGAGCCAGCAGAGACCAGUUUCUGUGAAGAGCAAGAGUCCCUCGAGCCAGAUUUCCCUGAUAGUAUGGAGGAUUUUGUAACUUUAGAUGAGGUGGGAGAUGAGGAAGAAAUGUUAGGACUGGAAUCGGAAUCAGAUGCAACAUCUUCCAAUGGUCAACGGUGGCGUAAACAGGGUGGAAAGGUGGUUACUGUUUCUGCCUUUAGGAGAGGUUACAAUUUCGAGAAGGAGAUUCUACGGCUGGCUGAACCGUUUGGUAAAGUGGUGAACAAGCUGAUAUUAAACCAAAGGAAUGAGGCAUUUUUGGAGCUGUCAACCACUGAAGAAGCUAUUGCUAUGGCUGAAUUCUACACUGCCAAUACAGGUGUGGUGUGUGGCGUCGAUGUGAAAGUCCGUCUGUCUGUAACAUAUAAAACAAUUAAGACUAAUACAUCUGAAAAAGGACGAGUUGUCUCCGUGUGCAACCUGCCUUCAAGGCACUCGGAUGAGGCUCUCUUAAAGCUCGCAGAGCCUUUUGGGAAAGUGAAGUGCUACAACAUACAACGGGUCCGCAAUGAGGCUUUUAUUGAAAUGGAAAACCCUAAUGAAGCAGAGGAAAUGUGCCGGCAGUACAUGAAAAAUCCCCCCUUGUUUCAUGGUAAAAGGUUGCUAGUUCGUCUGUCCUGGAAGUACAAGAAAGUCACUCAAGGAAAGAGACCCCCUGUCCCUGAAGAGUCUCCUAAGAGAUCCAAGAGGGAACGAGCAGAGCAGAGCAAGAGUGAGGAUGAAACCUCCAGCAGUUCUAAAUCCAAAACCAAAGAAGAGCAGGAGGAGGGGCCACCACAGAAGAGAGUCCGCGAGGAACAGCAGAAAGAAAUCCAGCAAGAGGUUUCAGAUCUUAAUGAAAGUGCUGUCUCUGAAGCGAAGGAAGUUUCAGACACCAUAGAGACCCAUGAAACCCUGGAGAGCUUGGAGGAGCCAGCAGAGAAAGUUAUACCACCAACAAAAGAGGAUACAGAAGCAAAUCCCAGUCUAGAUGAAAGAGAGGCUGUAGAUAAACCAGCAGAAACCAAUAAGGGUGAGCACACAGAAGAGACCCUCCCGAAGACACUUAAAACGGAGCCCAUGGAGACUGAGAUUGUUCAUAAAGGAGGUGCAUGUGACUCUGCGAAUGAGCAGCACACUGGUACUGAUGAGAAGACUGUGCACAGCAUCAAGCCUGAGCCCACACCUACCACCCUGGGACCAUACCAGCCGAAUAAUCCCGUCGGUGUGGAAUAUGUGGUCCCCAAGGUUGGUUACUAUUGCAAACUCUGCAGUCUGUUCUACACCAGUGAAUCUACAGCAAAGAACACUCACUGCAGCAGCCUGGCCCAUUAUCAGAAACUGAAGAACGUGUUGGAUAAAGAGAAAACUAAGACGAGCAUAUGAAGUCAAGUUGGAAGUUUUCUGCUGUUGUGUUCAUUUGAUCUUCAGUUUAUCCUUAUCGUAAAAGAGAAACAAACUCUUUAUGAAAGUCUGUUAUACAGUAGAUAGCUUUGACCCUAUACAUUUCUUUGUUUUUAUUUGUUUUAGUGUUGUGUUUUCAGUUAGUGUACAUUCCAACAGACUCAACAUUACGGGAUAGUCUGUGUUUGAGAUCUUAUCAAGUUGAAGCCAUCGCUGCUUUUUUUUUUUGGUUUAGAUUAUGUAUGCAGUAGCUGGAUAUUGACUGACAUGUGUUUGAGUCCUGAAACAAUAAAAUCGAGUCUGUAUUUUUAAAA